AUGUGGUCGGUCUUCUUUGUCUUUCUGGCUUAUCUGGACGGAAACUUCGUCCAGGGCGACUCCCCGGGCCUCGCCCCGGACGCAGAGAGGGAGCGCGAGGAGACGUUCUCCGCGCUCAACUGCACCUUUUGCGCAAAAGUGUCAACCGCGGGGGGGAAUUCCCUCUACCAGGUAUCUGGCGGAGCCGCGGCGGUGCGCUCCGUCGUCGGUCCCUCCGGGAAGCUGGUGAACUGCUCUGUCACGGCGGACCAGAGGCAGGUGAGAUCCUUCAUGCAUGAGUGCCGCUCGGGGCCGAAAGGGCAGAGGGCCGGGCGGCAGCCGGAGACGCGUUCUGCGCGCAUGAACGAAGCCAAAGUGACGUGCCGGGAGUUUAAAGAGAGGUCCGGGCGCGGCGGCAGGCUGGAAAGGGAUGACAGUGCGGACACUGCGCUGCGGAACAAGGCUUUAAAAAGAUCCAAGAGAGGCCUGACUUAUCCCGGGACCCUGUGGUGUGGAGCCGGUAACAUGGCUGAUCACUACGACCAGCUGGGAGACUUCGCAGAGACCGACAGCUGCUGCCGGACUCACGACCACUGUCCCCAUGUCAUCCACGCCUUCUCCUCCAAGUAUGGCCACACUAAUUUCAAGUGGCACUCCAUCUGUCAUUGUGACUGUGAUAAAGCGUUGAAAGACUGUCUGAGGAAAGUCAACGACACAUCCUCCAGAGUUGUUGGUCAGGCGUUCUUCAAUGUUAUUGGCGUGCCUUGCUUUGAGUUUGAAUACGAAGAACAGUGCGCAGAGCGGCACUGGUAUGGCCUGUGUAAGCGAUAUGAGAAGCUCCCCAUUGCUGUGCUGAAAGAGGCGGUCCCGUAUGACUUUGGGGGUAUUGAUGUCAUCGAUGAGCUGACGGUGGCUCCUCCCAAGAGGAAAGAUUCCAAGAAAAGUGAGGAAGAAGAGAGACUGGAGAGUGCCACGCAGUCUACCAUGACAGGCCCUGAAGAGCCUUCGCUCACAAACGUGGUCACCGCUGCCGAGGACUUCAUCAAGGUACUCGCUACUGUCUCCACCUCUCAAAGCUCCACCACUGACUCUGACAAAGGCGAGACGCAAAGCUCGGAGAAGAAGAAGAGGAAGGACACGGGAAAGAAGAAGAAAACCACCAAAAAACAGAAAGGAGAAGGAAAGGGGAGGAAGAGAAAGCAGAAAGCAGGGGCAGGUGUCAAAUCAGAGGAAGGAGCCGCGGUCUCGCCCUCUGGCAGCAAAGCCCUGAGUAACUUCAUCAGCGAGUCACGCAAACACGACCAGUCAAGUAGAAACACAAACAGAGUCGGUGACAAUGAAUAUGAGCUCGAAGGAAAAGAAGAACCCUCCAAUGAAGUCAUGAAAGAUGAACCACCGGUGGAUAAGGAGAGUGUUUCCAUUACAUCGUCUAUGAUAGUCCAGGAGAAGCCAGCAGAGUCGGACACUGAUGCGCAGAGAGAAGAAAUCACUCUUUCUGCAUCGACAAGCACAACUUUUACUCCACAUGAAGCAAAAUCCAGAGGGCUAAGGAAGGGGAGGAGAAAGAAGAGCAAGAAAGCUCCUCUUCCUUCUGCUGAGGAGCUUGUAACGAACACAACAGACAACCUAAGUGCCAUUUCCGUCCCCACCAUCAUAACCCCAGUGGCACAGCAACAAAGCUUUGGGAGCGACACUGAAAAGCGGCCUGUCGCCAGCACUGCCAGUACCCCCAUUGUAUUCCCCGUCAAAAGGCACAGGUCAAAGGAGACAGGAGACAGAGAGGGGAGGAAGAAAAGGAGGAAAGUCGGAUCGGUCUCUCCCACUGCGGCCGCUGCCCAUGAACAUUCCUCUGUGGACAAUAUGAAAGCGAUGCCUCUCAGCGGGGCUCCCACCGUAACACCGGUCCCCACCACAGAGCGGCAGGUUUCUCACAGGCUGGACGUUUAUGGAGGGAAAACAUCCAUCUACGUAAAAGCCCCGGACUCUUCCUUUAGUGUUUUGAAAAGGCAAGGGUCGAAAGAGAGAAGACUGAGGAGGAGGAAAACAACUUUACCUCUGUCAAGUGAAAAUCCACUUUAUCACAACAUCUCUGAAAACGUGCUUCCUACUCUCCAGACUCCAGACGCAAGUAGGACACUGAACAGCCCUGGAACCACUGACGCAAUUAGUUGGCCUGGGGAAAAACUAGAAACUCACAGCAAAUGGAGGAUUUUUACAACAGCCGCCCCUACUAUCAGUACAAAACGACACAGGCAGACAAUCAGACAGCAGAGAAAACCAAGAAAGAAAGCCGUGCCCGCUGCCCUCGGCGACAGCGUUUCUAUUUCUGAACAAACUGAACAUACACCGAUGACGUUUACAACCACGCCAUCCAAAGUCGUCGCUGCUGAAGAGCUCAGUCCGCAGAGAUCUGAAAAGCCCGGCAGGACCACCUCAUCCACUCCCGUCAUGAGCCCAGUUCAGUUAUCUAUUGAGAGAGCAAAAGCACAAUUCAUGAGGAAGAAGAGGAGGAAAGCAGCACUGUCUAGCAGACGGCAAUGAGCCACGGCGUGCAAGCGUAGCAGGAUAGGCUUCAAAUAAAAAAGGCAACUUAGCCAUCUAGGCUAGCUCAUGUCAGUCUGAUAAACUUGCUUCAUGAUGAGUUAAAUAUUAAAUUAAAAUAUUUA